GCCGCCACCAACCACAAGUCCGCCACUGUGUUCCGGCUUCCGCGGUGGAUCAGGAUGGUCACACUCGCCGACGCAGGUAAAGUAUGGGUGAAACUAGUAAGCUGAAAUGCUGCACUAUACUAGUAGUAUGCCAGCAGUUGACGCGGCUGGUCCCCAGAAUAAGUCGAUGUGCAUGUUUUCGACUCUAACCCUCACGGGUGCCCACAUGCCGGAAUCCGUCACCCUUUCCAGGCGGGGAACGUUCCCAGCUCGACAAUAUGAUUUCCAACACAGCAAGCUUCGAAACAUACCGGGCUGGAUCGCCGCAGAAUUGCCGGACCACAGUGGAC